AUGUUGCCCGCUCAGCGGAACAAGGUUGACAUCAGCAAACUCACAGAAGAGGAACAGAAGCUUUUCCGUCUGUAUGGAAAGUUGCCUACGCACAAGAAUGUCUUAAUGAAGAUGCAGAAAGAUCGCAAGUACUUUGACUCCGGCGACUACGCCCUCUCAAAGGCAGGUGUGGCCCCUCAAAACACCGUCGGGACCGCCAUCCCCAAUCCAGAGAACAUUCCGCACGCGUCGACCUCUCCCGUCUCUCACCAGUCACUUUCCAUCUCCCCCACAAACUCUAGCAUGAGUCCAGGGAAAGAGAGCCCAUUGGCCGAACAAUCGGCUACGGCCGGAGACGACGAAUCUGUUGAACAUGUAGAGUCUGAGGAAUCGUCCACCGCACCGGCAGAGUAG